AUGUCUGUGAACGACGUCAGCAACAUCCAUUACGAGUGCGUCGGAGCAGCGGAAGCCCGCCAAGACUUCGACCUCCUCCGCGCCUGCUCGGAGCUCUUCACCGGGCACUAUGGGGUUUGGGGAGAGAGCGCAUCCAGGGUCGGCGCGCGGCCGGGCGCGCGCGUGGCCAUGCGCCCCGGGCGCCUCCGGGACACGUGUCUCUUCGACGAGGACACGUGUUCGCUCGUCGUGGCGAAGGAGGCGGGGCGCCUGAUCGGCCACGCCUUCGUCUGCACGUUUCCGGCGUUCCCCUUUGACCCUCCUCUCGAAGGGACCGUUGUCUGGGUCACCCAGCUCGUCGUCCACCGAGACUACCGCCACCGGGGGAUCGCAACCGAGCUGUGCCGCCAGGCGCUCGCGCGCGCACAAAUUCUCGUGACGAAGCCCCCAGUCACUUACUUCGGCCUUGUGUCCUCUCACCCGUAUGCCGUGCGUUCAAUUGAGAGGGCGGGCGGAGUGACGUGUCGUCCUUGGCAAAGCGAGGGUCUGGCAAACGCAUUGGUUGCGGCCAGCGGCAUACCAUAUGUUCAAGGGAAAAGGAUCGAUCUAGAUGAGCGGUGCGUCAUUCAAACGGAUUUUUUCGUCGACCAUUCGGAAGUCGACCGGCUGGCGGAGGCGGAACAAGACUGGCGUCUUGGGAAGCUUGAGGAAGGGGAGGAGUAUUUUGCCUUUGCUCGUUUGCCCUCCGACCGUGAAGCAUCAAAGUAUUGUCAAUAG